AUGACACAGAAUCUUCCAUCCGGCAGAGUCGAGACUUUGACCGCAGAUCAGGAGAAGGUCUUCAAGGAAAUAUGGGGCUACUUUCUCCAUUUCUGGGGAUACUCGUUUGAUGCUCCCAUCAGUCACGUUAACCGAUCAGGGACCACCAAAUCCACAAUCUCGGUUGCUUCCAAGGACUCAAAGGAUAAGAAGAAGAAAAGAGGUCUUGUUUCCAGGUUCUCUAGGGGACACAAGCACACGAAGUCCAUUGAGAAUGAACUCGAGAAGACCCUUUCCAAUCGCAUGAGCAGUGAUCCAAAUGUCACCCUUCGUACAAACGAGCAUAUCCACGCGGCUUUCACGGGUCUUGAUGCUGAAAAGUCCAAGGAAUUCUUCUGGAGCUUUUUGAGGCAAGACACACCCGACAAUCUUCUCUUGAGAUUUGUUAGAGCCAGAAAAUGGGAUACCGAUAAGGCCUUGGAGAUGAUUGCUAACACUCUAAGCUGGAGGGCGAACGAGAGCAAGGUUGACAAGCUGUUGAUGGACGGUGAAUUGGUUCCUUUUCAACAGAAAAAAGAGGGUUUGAUGUUGCAAUUCGAGCUUGGUAAGGCCAUCAUUCGUGGUUACGACAAGACCGGAAGACCCGUGGUUAUUGUGAGACCCAGAUUUCACCAUUCGUCGCAGCAGACCCAAGAGGAGAUGGAACAUUUCACGCUAUUGGUCAUUGAGUAUGCCCGUUUGUUCUUGAACGAGCCCAUUGACUCUUGUUCCAUCCUCUUUGAUCUCUCCGGUUUCUCCAUGUCCAAUAUGGACUAUGCCCCCGUUAAGUUCAUGAUUCAAUGUUUUGAGGCGCACUACCCAGAAUCACUGGGUGUGUUGUUCGUUCACAAAGCACCAUGGAUAUUCAGCAGUAUUUGGAACGUUAUUAAGGCAUGGUUGGAUCCUGUGGUAGCCUCUAAGAUUGUCUUCACAAAAAACACGAGCGACUUGGAGAAAGUCAUUGAUAUCAAGCAUAUUCCAAAGGAACUCGGUGGAGAUGACGAUUUCGAGUGGAAAUACCUGGAACCAACUCCUAGUCUGAAUGGCUUGCAGUCUUCCGACAACGACGCAUUGGAAAGAAUUACACAGGAAAGGAAGAAUCUCACCAAAUUGUUCUUGGAUGCUACUGUUGAAUGGGUUGCUUCUCCCGACAAAGAAUCUUCGGCCAAGGCUCUUAAGAAAAAGAUCGAGCUUGGAAAGAAAAUCUCUGACAACUACCGUGAGCUGGAUGGUCACAUUAGAAACAGGAACAUCUACGACCGAAUUGGAACUCUAAAAAUCUAA